UCAGUAGUGAUCUGUCAGCAGUUUGUAGCACAGCUGGCUGGUGAGGCACGUGAAAACACUGUGUUUAGAGAGGCAUGCGACUGAUCUAGCGGUCGAUCAGCCGAUUUGGAUCAGCUGAUCAGCUGGUUUUAGGGCUGCUGAUUCGUUGGAGAGAAUUGCGCCAACAUGAGGAUGCUGACUAGAAUACUGAUUUGUGCUGUCGGCAUUGGAUCGCUCGUGUUUGCUGUUCCCACCCAUCUAAGCAGGCGAUUGGUGGAGGACUCACAGAAUUCAGCCAAUGAGAGCAAUCCUCGCUCCUGUCUAGUGGGCGGAAUCGAAUACGCUCAUGGUCAACAGGUGGAUAGAGAAGACCCGUGUGUCUACUGCCUGUGUCUUGAUGGAGACAUGUUUUGCUGGUGGUCAGAAAUCCAAUGCCACAACAGCUCCAUCUACACUUCACAAACAGACAACUCAGCAGGUGUAACAGGUGGGGGCAACAAUAGCAGCAGUGGCGAAGACUGGUGGUCAACGUGGCAACCGCGCACCGACCCCCCUCCCCUGUCCACAACUCGUUCCCCUCACCCUCCUCCAGUAGCCAAUGGCACAUCUGCAGUCAACAAUGGCACAAUCAGCACCUCUACCACUGACACUCCGACGGUCUCCACAUCGCCAACUAUUUGCAUAGUCAUGGGUCGCGAAUACAGUGUGGGCGAAGUACUGCCUCAGGAGACCGGCACAUGUCUGGAGUGCUCGUGCGGGCGUGGCGGGCGGGUCACGUGUAGCCCCAAGGACUGCGGGGGUGCAGGGGGUGAGGUGGAGGGGGAGGCCAACGACGGCGAGGGGGAGGACUCCCCCGCUGACGAUGAGUUCCAUAAUCCCAAACAACGAUGCAAACUCACUGGAUAUGUUCGAUGUCGAUAUAUUCUAGAUGUAACGGAGCUUACCAUUACAACAUGAGAAUACAAUACUCUGGAAGUCGAGAACCCCAAAGCAUGAAUCAAAGGAAUAUUCACUUUUCAAAUUAUUUAUUCAAUGAGAAUUUUCAGUUCACUGGAUAAUUAAAUUAAUGGGAGGAAAAAUAACGAAUUUAUGUUACACUAUUCCCCUCUACAGAAAUACUUGAUAUACCAAACAUUGAUAAUGAGAUUAAUUGGUAAACUAGUUGAAAACUAAUGACUUGAAGUCAAAUAUCAAAACUGAGGUGUGAUAAUAUACAGGAGAGAACAUACCAAAACUAUGGGUUUUACAAAUUAUGAUGAAUACGUUUUCUCAAAUGUGAAGGUAAUGUAUAAAACAAUUUUGGCGUAAUAUCCAAAUAACAUGAUAUGUUCUAGUCAUUGUAUAGUAUUAUUAAUUCAAACAGAUUCUGUAAACAUAUUGAUAAAGUUGAUAAUUUUUAAUAGUAUUAUUCGAGUGUAUUUGGAAAAUAAUCUGAAAUUGGUGUCUGAAUACCUAUGUAAGAAGUACUGAUGAAAAAUAAUGUUUUAGAAACAUUGUAUAACCUUCUACCUAUUUUCUAACUUUAACCUGUAGAUACCUACUAUUACUACCUUUUUACCCGUACCCUCUAAAACCUAUAAUGUAGCACAUAACUCCUGUAUAUAAUAGGACAAUAACGAAUACAAUAAAGUAAUCAUAACAGAACGCAUGUUUUUAUGGACAAGAGAUAUACAUAUUUCCCAGUAUUAGGAUUUCUUUUUUGUAAAUUUUUUCCAAAACUCAAUUCUUGAAUCCUAUAAUUUCAAGUAAAAGACAAUCGUAUCCCUCAUCAAAAACAAAAAAAAAACUCUGACUAAAUGUUGGAUUCUAAUAAUUAUGUACUAUGUAUUGGAAGUUUUUCGAAGUAUGAGCAGUCAUGUAAUAUCUAGUCUAAUAUGAAAGUAUUAAUUAUUUGUCUAGUCAGAAAGUAAAAAGUUGGUAAUAUUGCUAGCAAAGAGCUUUCGAAUCAUGAGGUUUGAGAAAAUUGAAAAUAUCUAAUAAAAGCUGUAUCAUACAAAUAAUUUGAAGAUUCAUGUACGGUAUACCUAAACAUUAUGUUUUUGUAUAAUCCAACUAUUUUUUUUCUUGAAUGAAUAAUAUUUUUCAACUCAAUAUGAUUACUCAAUAACCCCUUUAAUAAAAAUAAAUUUUCCACCACAUAUCUUCAAGAAGCUAUCAAUAAUGUAUGUAGUGAUAUCAGCAGAGAAUAAUAAUUAUAAUUUGAUUUUGUGUUGUUUUCUCCACUUAAUUCGAUUAAAUACCUUCUCAUACCCAUUACGUCUUUCUCUGGGUUUUGUAGAGUUCCCCUAAAUCUCUAAAUUACAUAUUAUGGUAUGCCUUUUUCUUCUUAUAAUAGGUACCUAUUGGUCUUUGUUGAAUCUAAUACGAUUAUAAAUCAUAAUCUCAAUAUCAAGGGUCUUAAAAUGACCUAAUAUCAAAAAUGUACCAUAUCCUGAUAUCCUCACCCAACUUAUAAAUUCACUGAUAAAAUUUUAUAUUAAGACAUUGUUUAGAAUACUAUUUUAAUUGAGUCAUUUGAUGCAUCUUUCAAAAAAUCAUGAACGAAAUUCUAUAAUUUAUAACUAUAAGAUAUGAAAACAAAAACCUCAUUAGAUACAUUGUAAUAUGUAGGCUAUUAUUUGAAGGCCUAAAACUGAGAUUAGUUUAUUGGAAGAGCUAGGAUGUCAAUACUAGGGAGUAUUUUAUGAUUAAGAGGGAAGGAUAAACAAUUCUGCUGAAUAUGUUUAGUAGAAUAACAGUCAAAAUUUAUCAUAUUCAUUUAAUAUGUUUAAUAUAUUCUAACAUUGGUAUUCUCAAGUAUACUGUAAAACAUUUUCCUCUUAUGAACGUUAUCCCAUCACUUCCAAUGUUUAUGUAGCUUCAAAUGUAAAACUAUUGUUUAAUUCAAUCAAUCAUUUAUUUAUCAAUACAAUUACAAUGAUUUACAAUAAUAGAUAUCAUAAUCUGAAAGAUGAACAUGAAAACUAAGCUUAGCUUGUACUAUUCCUCUUUCAAAU